CAGCACCAUUCAGGACCAUUUCUUCUCUCAAUUCUCUGACGUGUUUCCUUCUUCGGUUUCUCAUCCUCACGUCCGGCGGAUUUCCAGGAAACGAAGCUAAAGAUUUCGAACUAUGGACAGCUUCUGGCAAUUGGGUGAUGAGCUCCGAGGUCAGUCAAGAGCAUCAGAGGAUCACAAAUGGUCCACAGUCGCAACUAAACUGGCUGAGCAAACUAGAACCAAAGGGGAACGAACGAACAACCUUGAUCUCUCCAAAGGUUACACUGAGUUCAGGCCAAGCGACAAGUUUAGUUUCCAGGAGAACAACCUCAACUUCAACAUGUUGAAUUUGGGAGGCAAAUAUGUGGAAAGCAUGGGCAAAACUUCGACGCAGACCAAUGGUUACAAUAUGAACAACGUUUUCCAGAAGAAUGACUUUAAAAGUGCAGGCAACCCCAAAGCUAACAAGUAUAGUGGCAAUAUUGUUACUAACAACAAAGAGCUGAGCAACAACAAACACAGCAACAAUGAUAAUGCAAAUAUGAAUUUGGCUGUUGACAAGAGGUUUAAAACACUGCCUGCAUCGGAGACAUUGCCUAGGAACGAAGUUCUCGGUGGCUACAUCUUUGUUUGCAACAAUGAUACCAUGCAGGAAGACUUGAAACGUCACCUCUUUGGUUUACCUCCGAGAUACAGAGACUCUGUUCGGGCAAUAACACCUGGGUUGCCUCUGUUUCUUUACAAUUACACCACUCACCAGCUGCAUGGUAUCUUUGAGGCCACAACUUUUGGAGGUACUAAUAUUGAUGCAACUGCUUGGGAAGACAAAAAGUGCAAAGGAGAGUCAAGAUUUCCGGCUCAGGUAAGAAUCAGAGUGAGGAAAAUCUGCAAAGCUUUAGAAGAGGAUUCUUUCAGGCCUGUUCUUCACCACUAUGAUGGUCCAAAAUUCCGCCUUGAGCUAUCUGUUCCCGAGACAUUGGAUCUGCUAGAUCUCUGCGAACAAGCUGGUUCGCCAUAAGCCGAUCGACCUUGCAAUGCCACGUUGCGAAGGAAGGGGAGGUUUUUGUCUGAAAUCUAUCUUUAUAUAUAAAUAUAUAUAAAAAAUACCAUAAGAGCGUAAGCUUUUGGGAUUUAGUUUACUAAGAAGAGACGAGUGUGUCUUGAGGCAAGCAAAAGGGUGAAGAGGCUCUGCCGAAUAAGCGACUACUCUCGUUCGUGUUGUGUCUAAUGUGUGUGUGUGUCUGAGUUUGUGAGAGAUUCGAUACUCUUUUGAAACAAAGAUUUAUGUAGAAGAAUAUGUAGAGAGGAAGUGAGAUUAAACAGAGCCAAAAAAAAAUGAUAUGAGCUACUGUUUGUGUUUGCUUGUGUAAGGGUAAAAGAAUGUCCUAAAUGACAAGUUUAACUUUUUAAGCAUCUGAGUUACGAU